GAACCUGAGGGAAAGAGGAAGUUCUGCUGGAAACGUCCUGUAAAGAGGCUCUGAUGUCCGGACAGCGGGAGGGAGAGCCCCGGCCUGAGGAGGAGCAGGUUCCUGUGAUAUAGGAUUGUCCGAUGACAUCAUCAGUACCAGAUACUGGAUGGAGACAGGGACAAGAUGGUGGAGAGGAUAUUAAAUCUUACCUUAGAGAUACUCUUCCUGCUUACUGGAGAGGAUUACUCCACGGUGAAGAAGACGUCUGGUAAUCUGAUACAUGAGAAGAACAAUGAGAAGAUCCUAGAAGUCGUCCACAAGAUGAUGGAGCUGCUGACUGGAGAGGUUCCUAUAAGGUGUCAGGAUGUCGCUGUCUAUUUCUCCAUGGAGGAGUGGGAGUAUUUAGAAGGACACAAGGGUCUACACAAGGAGGUGAUGAUGGAGGAGGACCAGCCCCUCACAUCUCCAGAGAGAUCCAGUCAGAGGACAACACCAGAGAGAUGUCCGCGUCCUCUCCUUCCACACGAUGGUCAGAUUUUAUAUCAGGAUGAAGAUCUGCGCAAUAUUAAUGCUACAGAGACAGAUGUGAGGGGCGAUGAGGAAUACAAGGAGGAGACUCCUACAGAGACAGAUGUGAGGGGUGAUGACCAGUGUGAAAAGGACAUUCCUACAGAUAAGAGCCCAGCAGGCGCCUUCCCCAGGUCCUUACAGUGUCCCCCAGUACUCAGAUACCCCCAGGACUUACAGUAGGACCAAACUGUGUAACAGCCGGACCUUCCCCUGAAGAAUAAUACAAAGCACAUAUCAGAUAUAGAACUCAUCAGUAGAUGACUGGACCGAGAUGGGGAUAGUAAUCAGAUGGUGGAACUAACGGAUGAUGGGGGUUAUAUGGUGAGCGGAUGAUUGAACAGACAAUAAGUGACCCUGACUGGAGCUUUCCUUAGAUCUGU